UCAUCUCAAUAUUUAUUUUAUAUACUCAAACCAAUAAUAUCACACAUUUCGUCAUGAUGUUUUACAGUCACUCAGACUCGACUUCGUGACCAACUCAAAAGUCCACCAUCUAAGGUCCGUCAACAGCAAGAACACACACAUCAAUCUCUUCGCCUGCACCAACGUCCGCCUCACCCAACUCCGCAUCACGGCCCCAGCCGACAGCCCCAACACCGACGGCAUCCACAUCGGCUCCUCCGAAGCCAUCCGCAUAUCCGACUCCGUAAUCCAAACCGGCGACGACUGCGUCUCCAUGGUCUCCGGCAGUCGGGACAUCGGCAUCUCCCGAGUCGCCUGUGGGCCCGGUCACGGGAUAAGCAUCGGGAGCCUCGGCAAGGGCCACGAGAAGGAGUACGUGGUCGGGGUACGGGUCGCGAAUUGCUCCUUCACAGGCACGGAUAAUGGGGUCCGAAUCAAGACGUGGGCCCCGUCCCAGUCCAGCCUGGCGUCCAACAUCACGUUCGAGGAUAUAUUCAUGAGGUACGCGCGGAACCCAAUCGUCAUCGACCAGCAGUAUUGCCCGCAUUCGAGCUGCAUGGAGGGCGUUAGUUCGGCUGUGCAAGUGGAGAAUGUGAUGUUCAAGAACAUUCGCGGCAUCUCACAAACAAAAGUAGCUGUAAACUUACUGUGUAGUGGUACGCGGCCGUGCAAGAACAUUAAGCUGGUGAACAUAAACCUUUCGUAUAUGAACCGUCGAGGACAGGCAACGGCCCAGUGUUUAAAUGUAUUUGGUGCUUCCUAUGGACAACAAAUCCCAGAUGGCUGUUUGUAGUGUGUGUGUGUCUCUUGCUUUUCUCUCCUUUUAUCACUUUCUUUUAGAAAACUUGCAAGUUUUUUUUCUGUUUCCGUUGAAAUGAAGAACUUUCGAUUUGCAGAGUUGCUAGGACUGUUAAAAUAUGCAAAAAGAUACUGUGGAAAUAUAUUUAUCUCAACUCACAUUGAGAAAGUAAUUCAUAAAUAGUCCUAUCUGAGUUUGAAAUUAUUCUAUUUCAUACAAUAAUGGUACAAAUAUUGAUGAAAAU